AUGAUCGGUGUGCUUAUAAGCGCAAUAGUGGUGUGUUUAGUGACAUGGGUGUACCUGCGUUGGAGAAGCGUGAAACAAUAUUGGGCAAAGCGUGGAGUACCAUUUCUGCCUCCACAUGCAAUAUUUGGAAGCUUGACAUUCUUACUUAAAAAGAACCCGGGAACGUGGAUGAUCGAAAUGUAUCAGCGUUUCCCUAAAACACCUGUCAUUGGGAUCUGGCUGUUCUGGAGACCAGCUCUGAUAAUUACCACACCGGAAUUGGCAAAACGGAUCCUCCUGAAGGACAAUCACGUGUUCAGGGAUAGGUUUAUGAGCGGUGGUACACACGAUCCCAUUGGCUCGCUUAACAUUUUAACCACCAAUGAUCCUUUAUGGACGGUAGUUCGUCGUCGGAUUUCAGCAAUUUUCACUGCAUCUAAAUUAAGAGCUUUACAACCUCUAGUCGACACAAAGUCAAGCCAGUUGAUAACUCGAAUCAACAACACCAAAGAUUACAGCAAACUCAAUUUGAGAAAAUUGUUUGCGGACUACGCCACGGAUGUAUUUGGAACAGCUGCGUUUGGCGUUGAGACACACGCUUUACGCACCGGAGAGGAUCCAAUGAGAACUAUAACAGAGGCCUACAUGACCUUUGAUUGGUUCAGAGGCCUCUGCUGGGGCAGCAUAUUUUUCAUCCCAGAGUUGACUAAAUUCUUCAAUUUUACAUUAUUCCCAAUUUGGGCGACAGAUUACUUCAAAAAAGUGUUUGCUAUUGUCGUUGCUCAGAGGAUAGACAAGGUUAUCAAAGACCCUAAGGACCUGGUAGAUGCUUUACUAAAAAUGAAGCAAGAUGGCCCCGUAAUAGAUGGAGUAGUAAUCACUGACGAUGUUAUAGUUUCGAAUGCGGCGACAAUGCUUCUAGGAGGAUUUGAAACAACAGGAUCUGUACUCACUUUUACUUUGUACCAUUUGGCGUAUGAGCCCGAAAUUCAACAAAAAUUAUAUGAAGAAGUCUCGAAAAGUAAAGAAGAAUAUGGAAAAUUUGAAAUAUCGACACUCUUGGAAUUACCUUAUCUAAAUGCUGUUAUCAAAGAGACACUACGGCUCUAUCCCCCAAUGGGUUGGCUCGAUAGAAUACCGUCACAAGACUACCAAAUUGAUGAAAAUUUAACAAUAAAAAAGGGCACACCAGUCUAUGUAAACAAUAUCGGCAUGCAAUAUGACCCCAAAUACUUUCCAGAAACAUUAAAAUACGACCCAGAAAGGUUUAUGCCAGAAAAUGAGCAAAAUAUUACACCAUUUACAUAUUUACCAUUCGGCGAAGGACCUAGGAUGUGCGUAGGAAUGAGAUUUGGUUUAACGUCCGUUCGUCACGCAUUAUCGAGUUUGGCAUUGAAAUACAAAUUCGAGCCAAUACCAGGAGCGCCGAAGCCUACAGAAGUAGAAUUUGAGAAGAAGGGUCUUUUCUUGGUCCCUGGACAACAUAUGGCCAUUAAUUUUAUACCUAGAGACAUCUAG